AUGCUUGCUGACGCAAAUCUGCCCCAAAGGCCCCAGUUCUUGGGUUCAGAGGAGCAGGAUGGAUCGUGUGAGGGGUUAGUGUCUUUUGAAGAUGUGACCAUGGACUUCAGCAGAGAGGAGUGGCAGCAGCUGGACCCUGCGCAGAGACACCUGUAUCAGGAUGUGAUGCUGGAGAUCUACAGCCACUUUUUCUCCGUGGGGUAUCACAUUCCCAACCCAGAGAUCAUUUUUAGGAUUGAAGAAGGAAAGGAGCCAUGGGUGAGAGAAACUGAACUCCCAUGUCAGAGGUAUCAUGAAGGGGAGUUUGGGCUUGAAACCCCACAACGGGAGAUUUCUGAAGAAGCUUCAUUUCACAAUGAGAUGAUGGGUGGAGUCACAAGAGAUGGUUCAUGGUGUUGCAUUUUAGAAGAACUGUGGGAACAAGCUGACCCAACAGAGGGAGAUCUGAAAAAUCAAAAUAAACCUUCACAUCAGGGAGUUUUCUUCAAUAAGAAAACACUGAACACAGAGAGGGACUGUGACUACAAGGACCCUGGAAAAGUCAUCCAGGCAAGGCCCCACCUUGCUUCUUCACAAAAGGAACCUCAUAAACGUUGCUCAUUUGCAAAAACGCUGAAGCCUAACCUAGAAGCAACUCAUCAAAAUCAAAGCAGUACCACAAAACACGUUGAUGACAUGGUUGGAUCUGGUCAGUCAGUCACCCAUAGCUCUUCCAGUGCCAGCUGCAAGAAUACUCACACAGGAGAGAACUUCCUUGAAGGUAAUACAUGUACAAAAGCCUUCAGCCAGAAACAGUUACUCACACAACAUCAAGUUCAUACUCAGGAAAAACCAGAUAAGUGUACUGAAUGUGGGAGGGACUUCACCCACAAGUCACACCUCCUUGAGCAACAGAGAUUCCAUAGUGUAGAAAACCUCCAGGAAUGUAGUAAAUGCGGGAAAGCCUUCACCUCACAACCAAAACUUGGGGUCUGUGUGACAGAUCAUAUAGGUAACAUACCGUAUAUAUGUAAGGAAUGUGGAAAAGUCUUCAUUCAGAGGCCAGAAUUGGUUACACACCAGAAAACUCAUACUAGAAAGAAGCCCCAUAAAUGCCAUGAAUGUGGAAAAACUUUCUUCCAGAUGUUAUCUCUCUUCAGACAUCAGAGAACCCAUACGAGAGAAAAACUCUAUGAAUGCAGUGAAUGUGGGAAAGGCUUCUCCCAGAAUUCAACUCUCAGUAUACAUCAGAAAAUCCACACUGGUGAGCGACAGUAUGUAUGCAGUGAAUGUGGGAAGGCCUUCACCCAGAAGUCAACACUCAGCUUGCACCAGAGAAUCCAUUCAGGGGAGAAGUCUUAUGUGUGUAUUGAAUGUGGCCAGGCCUUUAUCCAGAAGGCACACCUGAUUGUACAUCAGAGAAGUCACACUGGAGAGAAGCCUUAUCAGUGUCACAGCUGCGGGAAAUCCUUCAUUUCCAAGUCACAACUUGAUAUACAUCAUCGAAUCCACACUGGGGAGAAACCUUAUGAAUGCAGUGACUGUGGGAAGACCUUCACCCAAAAGUCACACCUCAACAUACACCAGAAAAUUCACACUGGAGAAAGACACCACGUGUGCAGUGAAUGCGGGAAGGCCUUCAACCAGAAAUCAAUCCUCAGCAUGCAUCAGCGAAUUCACACCGGAGAGAAGCCUUACAAAUGCAGUGACUGUGGGAAGGCCUUUACUUCCAAGUCACAGUUCAGAGAGCAUCAGCGGAUCCACACGGGAGAGAAACCCUACGUAUGCACUGCAUGUGGGAAGGCUUUCAAUGGUAGGUCAAAUUUCCAUAAACAUCAGAUGACUCACAAUAGAGAGAGAACCUUUGCCUGUUACAAGUGUGGGAACACCUUCGUUGAGAAAUCAGAGUUAAUCACACAUCAGAGAACGCAUAUUGGAGAGAAACCUUAUGAAUGCUGUGACUGCGGGAAAUCCUUCAGUAGGAAACCACAACUCAAAGUGCAUCAACGAAUUCACACAGGAGAGAGACCUUAUGUGUGUUCCAAGUGUGGGAAGAGCUUCAACAACAGAUCAAAUUUUAAUAAACAUCAGACAACUCACACCAGAGAUAAAUCUUACAAAAGCAGUUAA